UUGUUUGAGAAACACCCACUGUAUUGUAAUAUGAUCAGUCUGCUCGUUAGCACCUUGCUGUGAUGUCUCCUUCCAUUUAUUCAUUUCUUUUUCUACAAUUAAUUAGUAUGAAUCAAGUUGCAUCUAAAAGUAAAGUGAGAAGUUUUCCAGAAGGAUUCGUCUUUGGAGCCUCGACGUCGGCAUACCAAAUCGAGGGAGGUGCAUUCGAUGACGGUAAAGCUUUAUCCAUAUGGGACGUAGCAUCUCACGAGAAACCUUCUCCAAUUAAAGAUGGAAGCACAGGCGAUGUGUCUGCUAAUUCUUAUCAUUUUUACAAACGCGAUGUAGAAAUUAUGAAAGACCUUGGCUUAGAUUUCUACAUAUUCUCAGUUUCAUGGCCAAGAAUUCUCCCUGAUGGCUUUACAAAUAAUGUCAAUAAAGGUGGCAUUGACUUUUAUAAUAAACUAAUAGAUGAAAUGAUUUACAAUAACAUAAAACCAUUCAUAACGAUGUAUCAUUGGGAUCUGCCUGUGCAGUUGCAGAAACUUGGAGGUUGGACCAAUCCAUACAUAGCAGAUUGGUUUAAAGAUUACGCUAGUGUUUUAUUUGAAAAUUUUGGAGACAGAGUGAAGCACUGGAUCACUAUUAAUGGUCCUAGUGAGAUUUGCAACGACGGGUAUGGUUCAGACCUAUUGCCUCCGACGUUAAACAUGACUGGAAUAGGCGGAUAUAUGUGUGCUAAAAACGUUCUUCUGGCUCAUGCCAGUGCUUAUCACUUAUAUGAUGAAAUGUAUAGAGAGCACCAGAAUGGCACGAUUGGUAUUGCAUUGAAUUUCACAUGGUUCGAACCGACGUCGGAUAAUCCUGAUGACCAUCAUGCUACGUGGGAUGCAAAACAGUUCUUAUUCGGUGCAUACGCGCAUCCAAUAUUUACAAAAGAGGGUGAUUUUCCUGAAGAAUUUAAAAGGAGUGUUGCAGCAAAAAGCGCUGAACAAGGGUUCAAGCGAUCGCGUCUUCCAGAACUAACAGCCGCUGAAGUGACUGCUAUACGAGGAUCGUCAGACUUUCUAGGGUUCAAUUCGUAUACAACUAAAAUGGUGUACAGAGACGCAUCGAUCGAAGGCAUGUACCCGGUACCAUCGUAUAUGGAUGAUAUGGGUGCGGUGAUUGUAAAAGAUUCAACGUGGCCUCAAUCACAGUCAGACUGGCUGCAGGAAGUGCCAUGGGGAUUUUACAAAAUGUUACAAGAAGUGAGCAGACUGUACGAUAAUCCACCGAUUUAUAUAACUGAAAACGGCUGGUCAACAUCUGGUGGACUACUCGAUGAAGACAGGAUACGUUAUUUAAGAAACUAUUUAUCUGCUCUGUUGGACGCAAUAGACGCCGGCUGUAAUGUACAAGGUUAUAGUGUUAGGAGUAUGAUUGACUCCUUUGAAUGGAGGGAUGGAUAUACGGCAAAGUUCGGAUUAUAUGAAGUGGACUUUUCGAACGAAGAUCGCUCAAGAACGCCAAGAAAAUCGGCCUUUAUUUACAAAGAAAUCAUAAGAAGUAAAUUACUUGACCCACACUAUGAACCUGAAGUGUAUCUCGAGGAAGUUCCUGAAAACGAAGAAAAAAAGGACGAUUACAUAUACAAAAAAUAA